AUGCUUGGAGCAAGAGAUGGAGAAACACCAACUGAAGAAGAAAUGAUUGAAUGUGCUAAAAUGGCAAAUGCACAUGAUUUCAUUUCUCAUCUUCCAGAAGGAUAUGAUACAAUGGUAGGAGAAAAAGGUGCUGCAUUAUCAGGAGGACAAAAACAAAGAAUUGCUAUUGCACGUGCAUUAAUUAGAAAACCUAAAAUCUUAUUACUUGAUGAAGCUACAUCAGCACUUGACACUCAAAGUGAAAAAAUUGUACAACAAGCACUUGAAAAAGCUAGUGAAGGAAGAACAACAAUUGUUGUAGCACAUAGAUUAACAACUGUUAGAAAUGCUAGUAGAAUUUGUGUAUUCCAUCAAGGAGAAAUUAUAGAACAAGGAACACAUCAAGAAUUAAUGGAAUUAAAAGGAACAUAUUAUGGAUUAGUUAAAAGACAAAGUAUGGAAGAAGAAGUUGAUCAAGAAACAGUUGAAAAUGAUUUAAAGAAAAUUAGAGAACAAGAAAAUAAAGAAGCAGAAGAAAUUAAUCAACAUAAGAAUGCAGAUACAAAUGAAGAUCCAGAUGUUGUACAAAAAUUAGAAGAUGAAUAUAAUAAUGAAAUGAAGAAAUUGAAACAUUCAAAUAGAUUUGUAUUAUUAAGAGUUAUUCUUGAUAAUUUCAGACAUGAAUGGUUCUUAUCAAUACUUGGAUUUAUUGGAGGAAUUGGAGGUGGUGCUAUUUUCCCAUUCUUUACAUUAAAAAUUGUUGACUUAAUUAUGUGUUUAUUAUCAAUUAAUUCAGAUACUCUUACUGAUGACCAAAAGGAUACUAUUAAAAAUAUUUGUAUAAUUGUUGUUGUUAUAGGUGUUGCAUCAUUUAUAUCAUACUUUAUGUAUAUUGGAUUAUUCUUAUCAGCAGGAUUUAAGAUGAUUGGUCGUGUUAGAAAAGAUAUGUAUCAUUCAAUAAUGCAUCAAAAUAUCUCAUGGUUUGAUAGAAAAGAAAAUAUGGUAGGAUCAUAA